UUUUUUUUUUUUUUCUUUUUUUGCAUUUUUUUAAACCUGGCAGUAUUUGUAUGGAUGAGAUCUCAGCUUUUGUUUCCACUGUUUUAUCUAGUUUGCAUUCUUAAGACCACGUAGCAUUCUUAAGACAUCAGUUUGCUUAUCAAUUUUUACCUUCAUGGUUAGACUCAUACAAGGGAUCAUCAAGUUGUUUGUUUUUCAUAAUCACGCAUGGCAUCAUCCCAAUCAUCAUCUUUAGUUAAUGAUUUUGUCAUGGAAUCAUCAAUUUGUUGGUGUGGUUUGAAAACACCACUAAAGACAUCCUACACUAAGAAAAAUCCUGGAAGGAGAUUCUUUGUCUGCCGAAAGUAUAAUACAGGAGAUGCGAGUUGUGAAUUCUUCAUAUGGGCGGAUAUACUUCAGUUGCUAGAGGAGAACAUUUUAUUAAGAGAGAAUAAGGCUUGGAAGACUUGGGAUGAUGUCUUAAAGCGCGAGUAUGCCAUUCGCAAAAGGGAAGAGAAAGUGAGAGAGAUGGCGAAAAAUCUAAAAAAAGAAAAGUGAAAGUUAUUG